UGACAGGAAACUCACUUUCAAAUAUCAAGUGGGUAACAUGUGUUUUUUUAUUCAAAAAAUGAAGUAAGUCGGGCUCAUGGGUAAAGGCAGAGGCGCAGAGACACCCUUAAUGUGUCCAUGUGGAGGUACUGUUGGCCCCUGGGGGCCACCACCACCACCACCACCACCCCUGCACACACACAUUGCGCACUGGAUUGUCAGUUUGCUGGAGGUGCAAACGUGAAGGACAAGAGGCCUUUAGCUAAAGAUACAAGCAGUGAUAAUCCAUUUUGUGCUGUCUGUUGCUUUCACCUCCGGGGGGGCUGCCCCACUAAAAUUAGAUUAUUACACCUAAAACAGAACUCCUGGAAUCUGCUCCGUGUGGAAUAACACACACACACACACACACACACACAGGCAGGAAUGCAGUUUGAGAAUACAGACCGCAUACGUACACCCUCCUCUUCUCCUCACCCGUAGACCAGUGUUGUAUUUCUGACCGGCUGAGGACAAUUGCAAAUUAACAAAGGUGUCAGUGUGGUAACAUACACUAACAGGUGCCUUGGUCCGGCUUCAAACAUGUAGGCUACGAGAGAGCUUAUAUAAUUGAUCAUAUUUAUUUAAAGGGUCUUAGAGCAGAGCUGCAAUGUAGAACCCUGGGAAAUCUUCCCAGCGACUCUCGGCCUGAUAUAAAGCUGUCUCUUUAAACUGCACGCCGUUUUGUUUGUUUGUGUUUGUUUGCGCAGUAACCACGCGAUUUACCCUUUUUAAAAAAAAAAAAAAAAACUCAUCACCAAGUAGCAAAAAAGCAAUUUUGGAUUUAACAUAUUUGCCUCCGUCUCGCUGGCCCAGAGCUGCUGCUGCCCAUGACGAGGAAUGUUAAAAUGUGUGAGACAGGGCCAAAUCCAGCUCAUCUGCUCACCAGAAACAGCUCCAGACCCAGACAGGGCCCACGGCUCUAAAGUGUGAACAGGCCAAAGAGAGUUAACAGGUAGCAGGAGAGAAUACCACACACACCAGACGUUUCAUUUCCUGCUGAAUCACAAUAAAUGAGUUCUCUGCAGCGGAAUAAAGCCAUAAAAACACAUUUAUAGGUCAAAACUCUGAUAUACUCCCAUGUUGCUACUCUUGAGUGAUCAUAUUUUACACCCAUUUAUUAUUAUUUUUUAUGUUCCUUGCACUUUCCUCUUUCCACUCUUGCAGCAGCCAUUAAAAAGGCAACAGAAAAUGAAGAAGUGUAUAAAUAAAAUAUAGAAAGACUUAAUCCAAACACGUACAAAUAAAGAUCUCCUUCCUGUUUCCUCUUGCAUCUUCUCUCACAGAUUCACUGUUUUGUUACCAGAGGGGAAUCACAUUUCCCUCCUUUACCCCUCCACGCUUUUAAAACUUACGACUUAUUAAUAAUAUUUGCAAUUAAUUUAGGUCGAAGGAGACACAUUAAAUCAGCUUUGAUUCAGUUUUCGUAGAAAGUUCACAUUCUUGUCAUUCUAGCCGUUCCAAACCAUAAAAACAAUGCAUUUGUCUCUCGUCCCUGACAUUUAUAUUUUGGCUUCCUCGAGUUCCCCAAGACCUACUUCAGCAAAAUGAAUAAUAGAAGGAGAAUUACAUUAGGAAAAUAAAUAUGGACUGCAGAGCACGAACAUGAGCGUCGCUCUCCUCGCUCUCCUCUGUUCGACUAUGCUGUAAACAUGCCCCCAGGUUGUCAGCAAGUAUUUUUCCAGCCCCUUGCCAGCCAAGCAUAGCUGCUUCUAAAGAUCACCCGCCGGAGAUGUUGAUCUCAUCUUACCACUAUUUGGCUGUAUAAGCUUUUUGAAAAGACAGACAUCGCUGCCAAGUUAUUUCAGAACCUUUUCUCUGAAACUUAAUGUCUCCAAAAUUGAGGCAUAUUUGUAUUUUUAGGGGUUAUUUCUUUGGCAUUUUGACCUCGACGUGAAUUUUUACGGGGGAGAAAGAAGGAAAAGGGUGUGAUGGCCUCUUUUAAGCGUGUGCUAUUUCUAGUCCUGAUAUGCAUUAACAAAAGAAUCGGUGUAAAACACAUUUUUGCAUUUUCCGUCGCUCAUCUUCGACGUAUUUUUCCUAGCUGUGUGAAUUUAUGGAAAGCAGCGGCGAAAAACCGUUGAAACCAUAUCCGGUGGGUUACGGUGGCGGUGCCAGACAGAUGAUCUGGUUUCGGAAGAGUCUGGAUUUGGCCUAGAGGGGCGCAUUAAAAACCCCAGGGGCCUCUCUCAGAUGAGCAUCCAUUUAUCAAAGUGGUUGUAAUGGGCUGAUGUUUAAUUAGUCAUGUAAUGUGACAAAGACAAGAGCAAGUGUAUGUCAUGGGAAUGUUAAACAACCGCCCCCUUUCUCUUCCAGCCUCAUGUGUUUCACUUGUCCCAACCCUGAACCCCAUACCCGCCUACGCUAGUUCGUCAUUCGUCAUCCAGAAUGAAUUCUUCCAGCACUUCCCUGAAUCCUCUGAUAACCUUUACUCUACUCAUAAUCCCUUUAACACUGCCGUCCCUUAUUACACAGCCUGAACACUGACACCAUAUGAAACAAGAGACCUAAUUAAUCACCCGAUCAACUAUAAGUCCUGCUUUUUAUCAGUGCGUUCAGGUUCCCGCGGGGCAUGUCUCGACACGUCAGGAAUGACCAACCGAUGCAUUCUGGACCCCAGGAAUGUGGCUUGGUGGCACCAGGGUCACAGUCAGACCGCUCAUCACUGCACCCUUGUUGCUUGUAGCGUUUCCUGUAGCAACACCACAAAACAGCGUCGCCUUAUAUGCCUAUGUGAUCUGGAUUUUUGUGCUCAGGUCGAUCCACUUUCUAAGCAAGCCUUUUGGCUUUUGGAGGUCAGGAGCAGAGCGGUUUGUCCGAAGGCAGCCGAGGGGAGUGCCAUGGCCUCCUCGGAGCUGUGUGGUCCCUGAGGGAAGCCUCAUAUUUCGGUCGUUGGCUAAUUGAGCGGGAUGACGAGGCCGGAGAGGCUCUCAGCCCCGUCCUCUCCUACGGGUUUGGUUUAUGCAGCCCUGCUGACUUUGCUGUCAGUGUCAAACGCUUGUUAGGACAUCAUCAAUCUCGCAGCAGUUAAGAAUAUUCCCAGAACAGAAUGAAGGGGGCAGGUGAUAGAUGGGCAAGGAGACGGAAGAGCAGAGGGGAAAAUAGUUGUUGGAAAUGUGGAAGGAACGUAGUUAUUGAUGAGAAAAUGACAGUCCUCUUAAUAAGCAAUAAAACAAUAACGACCCAGAAGUCAAAGCGGAACAACCUUCUUUGCAAGAAACAAGUACAAGAAGUGUUUGUUAAGAAUGCACUCCUGGGCUUCGUGCGAGCAGUAAAACAAUAAAUCACCGGUCCCAGAGAAAGUGCAUGCAUUGUUCGUUUUGUCCACAUGCCAAAAUUAACGCUCUCGGGUAUCAAAUCUUGACAGAGGAAUAAAUUACACUCAUCACCAGUUGUAACAGACAGGAAGGGAUUUGUUCGAGCUGCAGACGUACACAAGUCUGUGUUUGUCUUUACCACGGAAGUAUCCAUGUAGGGGCUCAAGCCGAACACACAUUUCGAUCUAUAAAUCAUUUCCCAACAUCCCCAAGACUAAUCUCCAACUCUUCUCCUUCCCUCUUGCCAUUUCGUUCUGUCUUCUUUCUCAUACCCUUCUUUUUCUGCUCAAUAACACUUCACACCGCUUCAUGCUCAGGCACGUCGCUCGGCUGCACCACUGACCGACGGUAAAGUGAUUUGAAAAGGAGAGCCAUAAACGUGAUGGAUGUGGUCCAGCUCGGGGUUUAGUCCCAGCUGUCGGGCAUGUUUUUUGUCAUUUCAGACAGACCCACUGGGUGCGCGCCCUUCUUCGCUCUCAUUCAUCCACUCUCUUCGUGGGGUUGAAAGGAGUUCUAAGACGAAUAUGUUCUUAAGGGCUGUCGGGGUCACAUGUUCAAACAAGUGGCCGACACUACUGUGAAGACCGGAGAUUACAUUUUUACGGGAUGAGAUCUUUACUGGCAUCUACCGAAAGCCAAUAAGGUGCAGUUUAAGUGAUGCAGUGAGCUGGUAUCGUGUGUUUUCAAUAAAGGCACAGGCUGGAUGACAUGAUGUUCCUACCCUUUUCCCUUCCCCCCUCCACCUCUCUUUUCCCUGUUUUCCUUCUACUACUCCUUUUCCUCCCUUCAUCCCUUGUCUCCUCUUCCCUUUCCCACACCCCUUUGAGUUGGGCUUCGCCUCAUGACCCCUGCUACUACCUCGACGGCCGCCCACGACACUGCCUGUCGGAGUUCAUCAACGCUGCCUAUGGUGUACCAGUCAAUGCUAGCCACUCUCUACAAGGGCCCGACUAUGACAGCAACAUCACCACUUUGACGGACCUGCACAACCCUCAUAACCUCACUUGCUGGAUGGCUCACAGGGGAUCUGACACCGGAGAAUGGGUACUAACACUACCUCUGGGACGCCGCUUUGAGAUCACCUACAUAAGUUUGCAGUUUUGCCAGCAGGGGGAGCCGUCGGACCCCAUCUCCAUCUCCAUCCUCAAGUCAAUGGACUAUGGGCGCACCUGGAGGCCGAUGCAGCACUACUCCAACGACUGCCUUGGGAACUUCGGAUUGCCCUCUCACACGGUGGCCCAAACAAGACACCAAGAGACAGAGCCCCUCUGCUCAGACCCUAGACCCCUGCAGAAGCAAAGAGGCGGCAUGGUGCUGGCCUUCUCCACCCUGGACGGGCGGCCAUCCUCUUCUGAUUUUGACCACAGCCACACCCUCCAGGACUGGGUGACAGCUACAGACAUCCGUAUUGUCUUCCACCAGGUUUCCAAAGACACCAAGGUGAGCAACUUGCAUAAGAAGAAGGAAGAAGUACGAUGGCGUGAUGGCGCAGAAGAUGACAGAGGUACUGGACUUCUGAGGUGGCGACCAGGCCACAAGGGGCGCAAUGGAGAUCAGGUCGACAAAAUAAACACAGAAAAUACACUGGCAUUUUUUGACAGGGAAAACUCAGAGAUAAGGGGGAAGAACAGAGGGGAGAAAACGGACAAACAUGGAAGGAAGGUCCAUGACAAAGGGUCAGAUCAAGAGGAAGAUGGACACAAUGUGACCAGCAAGGAAGGGGGUGAUAGCUUUAGCAUGGACUUGCUCGCCUCUUCAAAGAAAGGCGGGAAAAUCAGAGGGCGUGGCCGCAAGAAGGAUAACAAUCAGUGGCUGCCUUGCCCCAAUGGGGGUUGUAAUUGGACAGUUGAGGGGCGGAGCAGGAACAACAAGGGGCGGGAACUGAGGAAGAGGAGGAACAAUAAUGUCAACACCAAACAAAGCUCCAGGAAUCUGCAGGUGACCCCACCCGCUACUUUUAUCUCUGCUGCCCGAGCGCCUCUGGCCCUCUCGGACCUGCAAGUUGGCGGCAGGUGUAAAUGUAACGGACAUGCUUCCAGGUGUCGGCGUGACGACACAGGCCGAGCAGUUUGCAUGUGCGAGCAUCACACGGCAGGGCCCGACUGCGACGUGUGUGAGGAUUUCUAUUGCGACAGACCGUGGCAUCGAGCUACACCCACACACCCAAACCCCUGUGUUGCCUGCGAGUGUAACGGCCAUUCAAAUAAGUGCCGCUUCAGCAUGGAGGUGUUUCAGCAGUCGGGCCGGCAUAGCGGAGGCGUGUGUCAGAAGUGUCGCCACCACACGGCUGGACGCCACUGCCAGUAUUGCCAGAACGGAUACACCCGUGACCACAGCAAGCCGCUGAACCACCGCAAGGCCUGCCAAUCAUGUCAGUGCCACCCUUUGGGUGCAGUUGGUGGCUGGUGUAACCAGACAUCGGGUCAGUGUCUGUGUCGAGAAGGUGUGACCGGCCUCAGGUGUAACCGCUGUGCCCCGGGAUACAAACAGGGCAAAUCCCCUCUGAGGCCCUGCAUACGAAUCCAAGAGGUCGCUCCUACCCCGGUGUACCAGCCUCAGUACAGCAUAGCGGAGGAGUGUGUUUCAUACUGCCAGCCUUCUCAGGUUAAAGUCAGGAUGAACUUGGAGACGUAUUGUCUCAAGGACUACGUGCUGAAGGUGCAGGUGAGAGGGAUGGAGCGUUCGGGUCCCUGGUGGCAGUUCUCCAUCUCCGUCCAAACCGUCUUCCGCAUUGGCUCCACCUCCCGUGUACGUAGAGGCCCUCACUCGCUCUGGGUCCCUGACCGUGACCUCAGCUGUGGCUGCCCGGCCCUCAACGUGGGGCGGACUUUCCUCCUGAUUGGUGCAGAGGAAGGGGAGCGAGGCUGGGGCCCUGAGGAGAGUCGCCUGGUGGCGGACCGCUCCACUUUGGCCCUCCAGUGGCGGGAACACUGGAGCCCUAAACUGAGGGGCUUCCGGGGGCAGGACAAGAGGGGGCGCUGCCCGGCAAAAUCCUCCAAUAACAACCAACACCAUCACAGGGAGCAAACAAAAUCUAAGUACAUCCCGCCUCACCUGCUGACUGAGAAAGACCCUCAAACCUCAGAGGCACCUCACGUACACUCGCACACAGGCGGCGAGGUUACAUCCACCCUCUCGCCAACUACACCUACUCUGGUGUGCUCUACUCCAGAUCACGGAUGAAAAAACAAAGAGCACAAGGAGAUGUAAAAACAAGAUUAUACAAGAAGACUCUUUGGCAAAAAGAGAAGAUCAUUUUUACAGUUUUUCCUGAACGCCUCAGGAGAAACAGGCAACACAAACACGCCUGUUUAUGUGACGUUCAAGUGCUUAACUAAAAAUGUGAAGACACACGUUUCCUCAUGUGUUUUACAGCAAAACUCACCCAUGAUGAAAAUAUUCAAAACCCCCACCAACAAAUAUUGGUGCUAUGUGAAAUAUUACAGUUACAAGAGUUUUAAUAUUUUAUAUUAAAGUCUGAUUAAGUGAA